AUGCUGCGAAUUGCUUUGUUCUGUCAACUAUGUCAGGGGUUGCCUUUGUUCUGUCAACUAUGUCAGGGGUUGCCUUUGUUCUGUCAACUAUGUCAGGGGUUGCCUUUGUUCUGUCAACUAUGUCAGGGGUUGCCUUUGUUCUGUCAACUAUGUCAGGGGUUGCCUUUGUUCUGUCAACUAUGUCAGGGGUUGCCUUUGUUCUGUCAACUAUGUCAGGGGUUGCCUUUGUUCUGUCAACUAUGUCAGGGGUUGCCUUUGUUCUGUCAAGCAUGUAAUGGGUUGCCAUGUUUAUAUUCAUGA